CACCUCUUCACCUUCCUUCUCUCAAGCCCCCCUCUCAUCCACUUCUCUUUCACCCAUUCACCCAGUACACCAACAGCGAUGACCGUCGACUUGUCCGAUGCCACCGACGACAGAGACGUGCCCAAGUGCAGCGCAACCGAUGGCCCUCACGAGCUCGCUACUCAGCCUGCCGACGAGGUCUCUGAGCCUGUGCCCGCCGAUCUCGCUACGUCCGAGCCUGCAGCUCCCAUGCCCAGCGAUCCCCAGCAGACACCUCACCCGACCUCGUUACCUGUGAACGACACUCGGAUGGCACCGGCCUUCCACGCCGGCCCUUACAAGGCCAUCACAUCCGCGCCCCCAGCUCUGGAUCCCCCCGCUCGUCCACACGGCACUGUAUCAUGCGCCACUCCUCUUUCCCAGCCGCCUUCCUCGUCGACCGCCUUGACACUCGCCGCUCCUUUUGGUGCGCGGGGUGCGUUCGUUGCGCCAACGAUGGCAGCGGGUGCCUUCGUCGCGCCAACGAUGGGAGCGUGGCGCCCAAGCCCCCUCAACCUGGCCAACCCCUGGUAUGGACAGCAAUACUCGCACUGGGCCGCGCCAUACCCUCAUCAUGUCGCCAGUGGUUCCGGCGCAGUCUACACUCAAGGCCUAGGCCUGCAGAUGAAUUGCUACCCGCAGGCUUACCAGAGCUUAUCCUCCUCCAAUACUCGCAACGGCCAGACAACACGGCCGUCCGCCAGUACCGCCGCGAUACCCUCGAGCGUCCCUGACAGCAAUGAUUGCACCGAGUGCGCGGAGACAAUUGCUGGGCUCCGAAGCGAAAUCGAUUCUCUCCGUGAUGAAGUAGACGCCUUACGCCUCGAUAUCUCCUGCGAACGCCGCACACAUCGCUCGAGGUCCCGCGGCGAGCAGUACGAGAAAGCCGCGCACGCCGAGACAAGAAAGGCGUUGCAGCGCGAGGUCGCAGCGCACGCCCACACACAGGCGGCACUAAAGCACGAGUUGGCGGCACACACUAAAAGCGAGGUGGAGGGCCGCCGGGGGCGCGAGGCUCUCGACCUCCUUCAUAAGGAGCGCGCGGCGCACGAACAGACCCGCUCCGAGCUGUACGAAGCUCGGGUACAGAACGAAGAACUCAGGGCCACGUCGACGCGGCAGCAGACCGCCCAGCUGAUCAGCCAGCUCAAGAUGGCCGAGGGACGCCUACGCGAGGAGUUGGUGCGACGACAGGUCACAGAGGACGAUCUUCGUCGCCGCCUGGCGGCCGCCCACCAGUUCAACCCCCCUCCGAAGCGGCCUGGCGGGAAAGGCUGGGGGGCUUGAACGACUUGCGGUAUUAUACUGUGGUGCGCCAGGGCUAUGUACGCCUGCCGGCCCGAGAAGCGCUUUGGUGGGUCAGUCCGAGAGUUCAAGUCCUUGUAGUCUCAUGUCGUCGUCUCAUGUAG